CAUCCACAAUGCGAGCUCACACAAUCCAAAAUAAAGUGUCUUACUAUUUUUGAUUGUCAUUAAUUAGAACUAUCCUGUCAUAGCUAUUAGGACAUUUUGUCAGCUCGUUAAUAAAUCAAUUGGUUAAUUUUUGGCUGCAAAGUGAUUUUCAAAUCACUACGCAAUUGUUCAUUGUCUAUAACCUCUCUUUUGGCUAUUGGACACUUGUAAUAAAAAACUAUAAAAAUGGCUGAAGAUAUGGAGAAAUUCGAGAUUUCCGAUUAUGAUUUGGAAAACGAGUUCAACAUCAAUCGUCCUCGAAGAAAAUACACGAAAGCUCAGCAAAUGUUAGGAGUUUGGGCCGAUAGUGACAGUGAUGAUGAACCAGCAAGGCCAUCAUUCAAAAGGCAAGGUAAAAAAGAUUAUUCUGCUCCAAUUAGUUUCAUUACUGGAGGAGUACAACAAGCUGGACAGUCAAAAAAGCAGAAAAUGGAUAUUUCAGAUGAUGAAGAAGAUGAAGAUGCCCAGGAUAAUAACAAAAUCAAAGACAGUUCUAGUGAAUCUGAAAAUGAAAGGCCAUCUUUUUCUGGAGCAAAAUCUACAUCAACUUUUAAUUUUCAACCAGAUGAUAUUGCUGGUUUGAGAAAAAAGCGAAAUCCAAUUAAUACAGAUGUCAUGAGACAAGGUUUGGGUACCUGGGAGCAGCACACAAAAGGAAUUGGAGCUAAGCUGCUUCUUCAGAUGGGUUAUCAACCAGGCAAAGGCUUGGGUAAAGAUCUACAAGGUAUUGCUGCUCCAGUAGAGGCCAAACUGCGUAAAGGUAGAGGAGCCAUCGGUGCCUAUGGACCAGAAAAAGUAGCAAAAAUAGCUGAUACAAAAGCAAGCAUUGAAGAGAGCGAAGCUAAAAAAUCAAAACAAGCCAAGAGCUCACAAUGGAAAAAAAGCAACAAAAAAUCAAAUUACUCUGUCAAAAGUGUGGAUGAAAUAAUAGAAGAUGGAAGAAAAACAAAUAGAAAAGUACCUACAAUUGAUACAAACAUUGUUAAAUGUAAUGUUAUUGACAUGACCAAACCAGAAAAGAAAACUUUCAGUGGGUAUCAACAUGCUCUAGGAAAGCGACAAGAACAACCAGAUGAAAAUGUUGUAACUGAUGAUAAAACAAAAGCAGUUUUCACUUUAACAGAAUUACAGCAUAAUUUGGAUACAUUGGUUGACAUGUGCGAACAAAAUAUAAUCCAAAUUGACAGACGCAAAACUUAUUCAAGUGACAGAAUUAUUUGUUUAAACUCUGAAAAAGAGACAUUAAUUAAAGUUCGUGAUCAACACGCACAUUUGAUCGGAACAUUAGAAAAUGUUUUAGCUACUGUAAAUAAGUUAGUAGAAAGAAAUAGUGAAAUGAAUUUGAAGGAAACUGCAGAGGCCUUUAAGUAUCUACAAGAUAGACACUUUGACGAGUAUAAGGCAUUUAGAUUAGGAGAUCUGGCAUGUACAUUUAUAUCACCAAAAUUCAAAGAAUAUCUUUCCCUUUGGAGCCCAUUGUUACAGCCCAACUUACCACUAUCUUUAUUUGAAGAAUGGAAAGAAAUUUUACAAAAUGGAGCCCUUUAUGAUCAGAGACGAUCUAUGGCUCCUUAUGAUCAGCUAGUUUGGAAUUCAUGGAUGCCACCUGUACGAAUUGCAAUACAGAAUUGGAUCUGUCGCCAACCGGAAAAUUUGGUUGAUUUGAUAGAAAUGUGGGCCCCCAUUCUACCUUACUGGAUUAUGGAAAAUCUCUUAGAGAUUAUCUUGCGAAAAUUAACGAACGAAGUAGAAGAAUGGAACCCUGUCACGGACACUGUACCGAUUCAUACAUGGAUUCAUCCAUGGUUGCCAUUGAUGAAGAACAAAAUGGAUACUGAAAUUUAUCCAAUAAUUAGGAGAAAAUUAGGGAACGCUCUUACAGCAUGGCAUCCCUCAGAUCACUCAGCAAAGUCCAUUUUGCAACCAUGGGUGUCUGUUUUCGCAAAAGGCGAUUUGGACGCUUUUCUGGUCAAACAUAUUUUACCGAAGCUUCAACAAGUUCUUCAAGCUUUUGUUAUUAAUCCUCAUUCACAAAUGUUAGAACAAUGGCAUUGGGUGUAUGACUGGAAAGAUCUAAUACCGAAUCAUAUAAUGGCAUCAAUGCUUGAUAAAUUCUUCUUCCCAAAGUGGUUACAAGUUUUGGGAAUAUGGUUAAAUCAUUCUCCAAAUUACGAGCAAGUUACCAACUGGUACACAGGUUGGAAAAAAAUGUUAAGCGAUAAACUUCUUGCUGAGCCCAUAAUCAAAGAGCACUUUAGAAGAGCACUCGAUAUGAUGAAUAGAUCGGUAUCAACUCCGCAAGGUGAUUUGCUGCCAGGAUCCGUAGAGCAAGUUUCUUAUUUGAUGAAUUUAGAGCGCACUCAAGCUCAAAGUGCUAAAGUAUCGCAAAUGUCUCAACCUAGAAUAGAGAGAUUAGCAGAGGCUGUCAGGAGCGCGUCGCAGGUGCCGCAAGGUUUCAAAGAUCUAGUCCAAAAACGUUGCGAAGAACGAGGAAUCUUGUUUAUGCCUCUUGUAAAUAGAUACCGUGACGGAAAACAAAUAUACAAAGUCGGAAAUAUUCAAGCAUUCAUAGAUGGCGAUUGCAUAUUUACGUGUCACAACGGCUCGUCUUGGCUACCCACGAAUUUGAGUACUCUAUUAGACACAGCCGAAAUAAGUUGAUUAUGAAUUUAUUGUUAGUAGUUGAACAAUAAUUUAAAAAAAGAGAAUCUAUGUGAAAAAAUAUAUUUAUUUAUA